AUGGUCGAAGUCAACGGGAGCUUUGCCUCCCCCCUCGCCGACGCCAGCGUCGUCGCGCAGCUGGCCAACCCCUCGGAUAUGGUGUACUCGCUUUUCAACGGCCUGACCGUCUGGAGUGGCAUUCUCUACCUCAUUCUGGCUGCAAUUGUCUACGAUCAAGUCAAGUACAUCUACCUCAAGGGCUCGAUUGUUGGCCCGGCCAUGAAAAUUCCUUUCAUGGGGCCCUUCUUGCAAUCGGUCAACCCCAAAUUCCACGAAUACAAGGCCAAAUGGAACAGCGGCGACCUCAGCUGUGUGUCGGUUUUCCACAAAUUUGUCGUGAUCGCCUCUUCCCGUGAUCUCUCCCGCAAAAUCUUCAACUCUCCUGCAUUCGUCAAACCUUGUGUAGUGGAUGCCGCUCACAAGCUGUUGGGCCCUACCAACUGGGUGUUCUUGGAUGGCAAGGCUCAUGUGGAAUUUCGCAAGGGGUUGAACAAUCUCUUCACCCGUCACUCUUUGUCGCUUUACCUCCCCGGCCAGGAUGAGGUCUACGAUAAAUACUUCAAGCACUGGCUGCAAGUUUCAGGCUCUAAUGAGAACAAGCCUAUUCCAUUCAUGGGCGAAUUUCGGGAAUUUAUGUGCGCUAUUUCUUGCAAGACGUUUGUUGGUGAAUACAUGUCCGAUGAAGCUGUCAAGAAGAUUGCCGAUGAUUACUAUCUUAUCACCGCUGCCCUCGAAUUGGUCAACUUCCCCAUCAUCAUCCCCUUCACCCGUACCUGGUAUGGCAAAAAGGCUGCUGACAUGGUCCUGGAUGAGUUCAGCAAAUGUACCGCAAAGAGCAGGGCUCGCAUGAUGGCUGGUGGUGAAGUCAAUUGCAUUAUGGAUGGUUGGGUAAAGGCUCAGUUGGAUUCUGCGAAAUACCGCGAAAAGCUCAACCAAGGAAUUCAGGUCGACGAUUCCGAGAAGCCGCCACAAAUCCUCCGUGAGUUCACGGACUACGAGGUUGCUCAGACUGUCUUCACAUUCCUCUUUGCCUCGCAAGACGCUACCAGCGCUGCUUGUACCUGGCUUUUCCAACUGAUGGCUGAUCGCCCUGAAAUUCUUGACAAGGUUCGCGAGGAGAACUUGACCUUGCGCAAUGGCGACCGCAAUGCUCCUCUGACUAUGGACCUAUUAGAGAACAUGCACUAUACCCGUGCUGUUGUCAAGGAGACUCUUCGUUACCGUCCUCCCGUCAUCAUGGUUCCCUACAUGGCGAAGAAGGAUUUCCCCAUCACAGAGACAUACACCGUUCCCAAGGGAUGCAUGAUUAUUCCUUCCGUUUACCCUUCAACCCACGACCCCGAAGCUUAUGAAGACCCUGAAUCGUUCAACCCUGACCGUUGGAUUACCGGUACUGCUGAGAAACAAACAAAGAACUGGCUCGUCUUCGGCACUGGUCCUCACUACUGUCUCGGACAAACGUACGCCACACAUAACCUAAUGGGAUUGGUCGGAAAGGCCAGUAUGCAUCUCAACUGGCAGCAUUUCCCUACCCCCGAGUCGGAGGAAAUCAAGGUGUUUGCCACCAUCUUCCCCAAGGACGACUGCCAUCUUGUUUUCACUCCACGUGAUUAA